CCCAAGCCCAGCCCAGGUACCCAAGUUGAGGUGAGGUAUGGAGGCAUUAGCUCCCCUAGCCGCCGCCCGUCUUUUGCGGUCAGGUCAAACUGAGGCGCCUUGGGCCGAUGGGUGCCUGGCCUGGCCUGGGCUGUGCGGGAGGAGGGUUCUCUCGCCUCUGGGCUCCCACACCCCCCCCGGACCAGAAAGCACCUCAUUCAUCAAGUCAAUCAUCCAUCACCCGUCAAUCAAUCAGCCUCCCACUCCCCCCCCCGUCCCCAUCUUCAACCGGCUCCCUGGCGCUGUAGAAUUCUUGUCCCCGUCAACUUCGUCAUCCCCUCCUGUUUGCUGUGCUUCACCUCCGGAGCCUGCCUGAUCAUUCACUGGCGGCCAUUUCCAGGCAUUGCUCAGCCCCUCGCAAACGUCAGCAUCCCGUCGUAUCUUCGUCUCGCUUUUCCUCGACUCGCAUCCAGCCGGUUGCAAGCCACUCGUUCUCUUUGUCCCUCGCUGCCCGCAGUGCACGUCGACUGUCGUCUCCCUCGACUCGACCCUCCGCAUCUCCCUUUGCUGAAAUUGGGGCCGGCUGACCGCCCUGCGGACGUAUACGCACGCCCUUUGACCCUGUCCGACAAAGACAGCAGGGAAGCGACGAGCAGCGCACGCAACCGCCAGCAAUCGACCUUCGAUCGCACCGCGCGGCUUUACACGGGCGGUCGUCGACACGGUCCGCAUCGCCGAACUCUGUCCAACGACGCCCGUCACCAGCCGAUCCGGACCAUGGCCGCUGUCAGCGCCUCGCCUCCUCCCAUCUCUACCUCGCCCGGCGCCGACGGCAUGGAUCAUCAUGGAUCCCCUGUCCACGCCAGGUCGCCCGUCGACAGCAUCCCCCGAAAGCCCGUUGCGAUUCCGCCCGUUGGCAACGCGCGCCUGCGAAACGGACCCGUCUCUCCCGUCCGCGUCAACUUCCAGCAAGACAAUUGGGCACAGCCCUCCAAUGCCGACAUCGAGCUUGCGCGGCCUCAAGCCGCCCACUUCGAGCUCGCGGACAGGACACGGCGUCACGACGAGGCCGAAACGGGCGCCUCGCUGCCCGCGGGGCCAUCUGCAGAACUCCCCGCGCUCUCCACCGACGCGCGCCAGCCGCAGCAGGCCAACGGCGGCGACGCCUCGGCGAUAGAGUUCAGCCAUACGCCGUUGGAGCUCAACCUUUCUGUAACGGCCGACAUUGGGCCCGAGCGGCAAGGCGCAACGGUCGUCAGUGCCAAGGACCGAGUCCGUAAUCAAGAUGCGUUCCGCAACAGUCGUGAGUCGGACGAGUCGGCUAGCACUACGCAGCAACAGACGUCGGUCCAGUCCUCGGCGGCCACCAGCACGAGCUCCAUCUCGGGCAUCAUGGAGGCCGCCGAGUACCUGGCUAACGAGGACUCUCCGGGGAGUUCCAUCCUCGAGGGCAGCAUUCCCCGAAAUCAGUCGAUUCCGCAAUUCCAGUAUCACCACCAGCAGGACUACCCCCAGCGGGUCAGCAGUGUCCCGAGCGACACCGCGCGGACGCCCUCGAACCCGGAGCUGGCCGAGAACCCCCCGCAUAUCCGGCGCCACCUGACGCCGAGCUCGGGCUACUUCAGGAGAAGCUCGCUGCCCCGGCCGCACUCGUCAUACUCCAACUUCUCCGACUAUGGUCCGCGCGGCAGGUCUCCCAACCUCAUGCCGGGAGGUUCCCACAUGCGCGCCCCCUCGGUACAGUCCCGCAAGUCCCCCGAUGUGCGCCCGUCCUCGUACGCGGAGCUCCUCAACGUUCCCUACCCCCAGCAGGCGCCGGCGCCCCUGUCCCUCGACAACUCCAACCUGCGGACCGUGGUCGGCAACAAUGCCUCGCUGCUGAGCGCCCAGAAGACGCUGGAGAUGUACCGCCAAAAUGUCAAGAAAACCAAUGACUUCUCCAUACAAUAUUCCUUCGCCGUAUUUCUCAUCUCGUCGGCCAUGGAGCAGGGUCUCGACGUGUCGGAUCCCAAGGCGCGCAAGACCAGCCCGCAGCCCCUCAGAGACCUUGACAGCCCAAUUGUGGAAGGCUCAGUCGCCAGCCCGUACGAGCUCGUCCGCGAAGCCCGGCAAAUCUUGCAGCGUCUGGCCAACGGCGGCUAUCCAUUUGCACAGUACUAUCUCGCGGACGGCUAUGCCUCGGGUCUCUUUAGCAAGGGCAAGGAGGACUACAACACGGCCUUCCCGCUGUUCGUCUUGGCCGCCAAGCAUGGCCACGCCGAAUCCGCGUACCGCACGGCCCUUUGCUACGAGUUCGGCUGGGGCUGCCGCAAGGACCCGGCUAAGGCGGUGCAGUUUCUCCGGACGGCUGCGGCAAAGAGGCACCCGGGAGCCAUGACACGUCUCGGCAAGGCUUGCCUCUCGGGGGAUCUGGGCGAGAAGCGGUAUCGCGAGGGCAUCAAGUGGCUGAAGCUGGCUACGGAGGCUGCCGACUCGCAGUAUAACGCGGCGCCGUACCAGCUGGGCUGCCUGUACGAGACGGGAUACGGCGACGAUGUGUUCCAGGACCACAGCUAUGCCGCAGAGCUAUUUACACAGGCAGCCGAUCUGGGCCAUCCGGAGGCCAACUACCGCAUGGGCGAUGCUUAUGAGCAUGGCCUCCUCAGCUGCCCCCGAGACCCGGCGCUCAGUGUUCAUUUCUACACGGGCGCUGCCGAGCGCGGGCACGCGGCGGCCAUGAUGGGUCUGUGUGCCUGGUACAUGGUUGGGGCAGCACCCAUCCUGGAGAAGGACGAAGAGGAAGCAUACGAGUGGGCGAGACGCUCGGCAGAGCUCGGCUUCGUCAAGGCGCAAUACGCGGUCGGCUACUUCACCGAGUCGGGCAUAGGCUGCCGUCGCGACAUACUGGAGGCCAACGUCUGGUACGUCAAGGCCGCAGACGCCGGAGACGAAAGGGCCAAGCAGCGUCUGGCAGUCAUCCAGGCGGCCGUCAGUGGCGGGGGCACGCCCAUGGACGUGGCCCCCCCGCGCAACGGCAAGGUGACCAAGAGCGCCAAGGACGACAAGGAAUGCGUCGUAAUGUGAGACGGCAAGGCGCAUCGGGGAGGGCGCGCGAAGCGACUUUUGACAGAUUUGACGGGAGAGAUUACGAUCAUUUUCGACGCGAACGAGCCCUGGAUGGGAUAGGGAUGCCCGCGUUAGCAACAUGGCCGAGCCUUCCGACGUGCGGAAGAUUUGGAGCUGCGUACUAAGUUUAUUUCGAUCUCUUGCCACACCAUAUUUCCUUGUUUUGGACGGCAUUCUACUCUCGGGGAUAUACGCAUGAAGCUGGGGGUAGAGGCACCCUUUUGGAGGACGAGUCGAGCCUCGGAUAUUCCUACGAUACCUAUCUAUCGGCAUAUAUCGACGCCCAGGUAUUUCCAGUGGCGGUACGCUCGGAAACUACGUCGGCGGCCGGACCAUUUUUGGAGCAAGAGCACGAUAUGACCUUGAUUUUGCGUUUUGGACGACACGCUAUUUUGUUCCAUGUGGAGGACGAGGCUGGGAGCACGCUGGGCAGCGCUGUUGAUGGCCGAUGAAGCUGGCAUGUGCAGUGGAGGAAGGUAAUGUGCGGUGGUGGCGUCAAGUCGCGUAGCAUGCGACGUCGGAUGGGAGUAGGAGUGUUAGAGCUGGCCGACGGGAGGACCGAAUCGACCCAUGGCUGCGGCGUUUUUGGAGUAGGUUCGACUUGCAUACAGCUGGAACUCUUAAUAUACCUUGCCGCGAGCAGUAUCCUUUGACCCGGGGCCUCCCUGGCGCCCGUUGGCGGAUGGCAACGCGCAUCGCCCUACACAUUGACAUGGUAUCGCUGACUGCUCGCGAGGACAAGAUGGGGUGCCUUUGGACAGCAGACGACGCGGCGAUGCACCUACCUCGUCGUUUGGCAGGGCGAGCCGGCGGGCCGGUCCGCGGCAGGGCCGAAGUGUAACUCGGCUGAUGGCUCCUGGGCAGCUCCUCAUUCUCGGCAAAGGCAAAGCGCGGCAGGGGAGUACGCCAGCCCGUGGGCCGUCCGUAUCACCGUCGACCGGCCCAAGAGCGGACGCGACCUGACUACCCUACGUGCGUCGUGGGUCUCGAGCGGGCGGUGGAGGUGAGUGAGUGAGUGAGUGUGUGAGUGUGUAGAGAAGGGAGGGAAAGGACUGAAUGGAGAAGCGUUUGGGGAACAUGAUGAGGAGGAGGAGCUAGGGUAG